AAAGACUCGCUCGGGGUCGCCGCCGCCGCGCUCCAUCCAAGAAGGCCAGGGGCUAGGAGGGCCGGGAGCGCCAGUGGCUCGAGAUCCUGGAGCUGACGACCUGCGACGUGCAGCAGUCAGGAGGGCAUCAGGACGAAGGUGCUGGAGGAGGCCUCGUCAGCGACGGCAGCGCCUGAGGAGGACGAGGUCUGGGGCGCGCGGGCGCUCCAGAAGCUCAAGCGCUGGGACAAGUACAUUGAGAAGGUCAGGGACACCACCGUGACGGAGUCAGCUCCUCUGUGAACGAUAGUGGAGGGCAGAAGGACCGCGGGACGAAUCCCACGGAGAGGGGCGGCGUCAAUGACGGCAGCAAAGGCGGCGGGGAGUGCAUGCUGGAGCCCAGCGUCAAAGGUGCCGGUGACCUUGCGGCUGGCCCUUCGGAGUUUUACAUCGGGGUCUUUGAGUUUGCUGGCAACAGUAAUAAUCAUAACAAGGACAAGAAGGACAAUAAGGCCGACUCGACCGAGGCCAACGGCUCGGAGGCGGACGCCGCCAAGUACAGGGCCGCGCGUGCUGGAGGGCGUCCUCUUCGAAGGGUUCGACUGGGCCGAGCCCGACGAGUUCAAGGGGGACUUCGGCGCGGGCGCGUCCGCGAGCUCGGCGGUCUCCGCCGCGACGGCGCCCGACGUGGCGAACGGGGGGGUUCCCCCCCGAUGUAAUCAGCACGUUCUGCACCCUCCUCCUCCUGCCCCUGAUCCUCCCCCUCCUGGAGCGUGUAACCGCUGUUCUAAGUUUGAGCCUGACA